AUGGUAGAUUGGAAGCCUAUCCAGAAGGUCCCGUCGGCGACAACUCUCGAUAAUCUUGACCAGCUCAACAACCUUGGCAACACAAGCGUUUAUCUAACUUCAAAGGAAGGGAUAGAUGCUGACCCCCAGCCUGCAUGGCUUGGUGGUAUCAAACCUGACCAAGACGGUCGAACGCAGGAUGCGAUCUCUUCAACCAUCAUUCUUCGUGACCAUGGAGAUGGGAUCCUGGACGCUUUUUAUUUCUAUUUCUAUGCGUAUAACCAGGGAAACACAGUUUUAGGAAUGGAGUUUGGGGACCAUAUCGGAGACUGGGAGCAUAACAUGAUACGGUUCUCCGAGGGUGUCCCACAAGCAAUCUGGUACAGCCAGCAUGCCUCGGGGCAGGCAUUUACGUUUGGAGCAACGGAGAAAAACGGCAAGCGACCGAUUGCAUAUUCAGGGAACGGCACCCAUGCUAAUUAUGCCAUUUCUGGGAAACACGAUCACACUAUUCCUGGGUUCAAUCUCCCUGAUGGACUGAUCGUGGAUCAAACUGACUCGGGUACGUUGUGGGACCCGAUUUUGAGUGCCUAUGUAUACAAUUAUGAUGCUUCCGAGGGAACAUUCCAGGCGUAUGACUCUGGGUAUCCGGUCAACUGGUUGAAUUUCAACGGCCAGUGGGGAGACGAUGCACUGCCGGGAGGGCCGGAACUGUUCGGACAGAAAAAGUACGUUGCGGGGCCGAACGGACCGAAAUUCAAGAAGCUGGUGAGGGACAAAGUGUGCCCGAGUAGCCCAUGUGUCGUUCUUCCUUUCCGGAUCUGGGAGAACCAGACCCUGGAAGAGCAUCGACAACGAACGGAGUCAAGUUAG